AUGACUCGAUCGAUCGAUAUCCGCAAAGAGCCGGCUCCAGAGUUCCGGAGUCCAGAACGCUCGCUUUCUGUCACGCUAGCCCGCUCUGAGCUUACCUUCGGACUUCGUGGUACGCAGAACCAGUUGCUCUCGAGGAGAGGCCGGAACUCUAUCCGCGGAAGGGAGUAUGUCAGUGAAUGGCAGGAGAAGAAGACCUCGGUGGGCGCUCUUCGAAACACGACGUCCAUAAUCACCCACGUUCUGUUGCACACGGCGACGGUCAUACACCUUGCUUCACGCACUCAUCAGCCUGCGGGCUUAUCAACACUUGCCGUCUCAGUGUUUAACAGAGUUCUACUUGCUGUACUAGCUUUCAAAGUUGCGCUCUGCUUCAAGUUCUGGCGAGCUUACGCCUCGGAGCCGAUCGAACAACUGUAUUUUGAACGCACGGGAUCUCUGCAUCAUAUAAUGUCUUCACUCAAGUCCAUACCACCACUGAUUCCCAUACCAGCAAACUCAACCACUCAGCCCGAACCCGAUGCAUUGCCAACUCCAGCUUCUGCAUCGAGCGACUUCGGCGACUUCAUGUCUGUACCGGCUUCGGAGGACCCUCUACGGCCUAUGACACCAGUCAAGACCCAGCCGCGACCCACGACCGGCAUGUCUGUACAAGCAGGAUCCGCUCUGCUAGACGAGCUUCUCGCGCAUGAGGACGAUCCAAUGUACUUCCAUCGCGCGUCCUCGUCGACUACCCCACAGCCCUCGCACUCUCCUACACCGCCUGCAUCCCAACCUGCAUUGACCGAGACAAUCGCCAACAAGGUGCAACAACUGGUCGACGCGCCUCUGCAACUUCUACAAGACCUCUCUGACGCCUCAUCCACGCCCAUCCUUGAAGACCCUCCGCCCCUACAACAUCGUCCACAUUCGCACUCCUCCGGACUCUCCAACUCAACGCCGUCUCUUCCCUACACGAUCCCCGAACGCCGACACGUACGCGAGAACUCGCUUCCGUCCUCACCGGUCCUCGCCAGCCCACCCGUACUCUCACACGCCGAAUCACACUCGACCAUCUCCCAGCCGAGCGAAUCCACAACACGAAACGGCAGAGGAAGCUGGAUGUCCUCCCUCCUAUCCAUCUCCGCGCCCCAUCCGCCACCCGCGCCUCCUCCAGCACCCAGCUCAGGAUCAGCUCUAUCCUCAACCCGGCCUCACCACCCCUUACACGCCGCUACUAUGCCGGGCGUAUCGCACGGCAGCCCCUUCGCCCCGCACACGUUCGUGCCGGCCAGCGGUGCGCCGGGGUUCGCGGGGGACCGCGAAUGGGAUAAAGGGUUCACGUUCGAGAAGGAGCCGAGCGCGCGCGCGGGGCCGAAGCUUGUCGGGCGGAACGAGAUCACGACGGCCGUGCUGAGCGACGGGCUCGCAGCGGAGCUACGACCGUUCUUCCCGGCCCUCGCGCGCCUCCCCAAAUCCUGGCGCCUGCUCUACUCGCUCGACCAACACGGCAUCAGCCUCAAAACGCUCUACGCGCGCUGCGAGGCGCACACCGGCGGCGUCUUGCUCGCCAUCAAAGACGCGCGCGGCGGCACAUUCGGUGCGUGGUUGGGCGCGGGCCUGCAUGCGAGCCACGGCGCGGGGUACUUCGGCUCGGGCGAGAGCUUCUUGUGGACGGCACGGAGCGGGAAACAGGAGAGCGGCGCGAUGCAGGUUUUCAGGUGGUCGGGGAAGAACGACUAUGUGGCGCUGUGCGAGCCGGAUUAUAUCGCGCUCGGCGGUGGCGACGGCUCGUACGGGCUCUAUCUGGAUGACGCGCUCGGCGACGGGACGUCCGCGCGCUGCCCGACGUUCGAGAAUGAGCCGCUGUGCGCGCCGGGUGCGCCGACGCGGGGCCGGGCGCGUAAGUUCGAGUGCGUGGGGCUGGAGGUUUGGGCCGUGGGCGGGACGUAG